UGACAGGUUGCUCAGGCACACAUAUAAAGUGAGUCCCCGAGCUGCAGGGCAGUCGCUGGCACCUGGCACCAUGUGGCUACUCACGCCUCUCGGCUUUGCUGGAAAGCUGCUGGGCGCCUUCAGGAAGCAGCUGAGCUCUCUUUGGGGCAGCCUGGUCCCCCUGCUCCUCUGGCUCAGGUCAGCAUUCUGGCUGGCAGGGACCGAAGGGGGACAGAGGCAGCAGGGCAGGAAAGAACUCAAGGGCACCCGACAGGAAGAGGAGGCCAGCGAUGAUCAGCCCCUCACUCCCACCAGUGUCAACUACCACUUCACCCGCCAGUGCAACUACAAGUGUGGCUUCUGCUUCCACACAGCCAAGACGUCCUUCGUGCUGCCCCUCGAGGAGGCGAAAAGGGGACUGCUGAUGCUCAGGGAAGCCGGUAUGGAGAAGAUAAACUUUUCCGGCGGAGAGCCUUUCCUUCACGAGCGGGGUGACUACCUGGGCAAGCUGGUGAAGUUUUGCAAAGAGGACCUUGGUCUGCCCAGCGUGAGCAUCGUCAGCAACGGCAGCCUGAUCAGGGAGCGCUGGUUCAAGAGUUACGGUGAAUAUCUGGACAUUCUCGCCAUCUCCUGCGACAGCUUUGAAGAGCAAGUCAAUGUCCUUAUCGGCCGUGGUCAAGGAAACAUCAACCAUGUGGAAAAUCUUCAAAAACUGAGGAAGUGGUGUCGAGAUUAUAAAGUGGCCUUCAAGAUAAAUUCAGUCAUUAAUCGAUUUAAUGUGGAAGAGGAUAUGAGGGAACAUAUUAAAGCACUGAACCCUGUCCGCUGGAAGGUCUUCCAGUGCCUCCUACUCGAGGGCGAGAAUACUGGAGAAGACGCCUUGCGGGAAGCAGAACGGUUCCUCAUUAGCGACGAGGAAUUUGAGGACUUCUUAGAGCGCCACAGAGAGGUGUCCUGUUUGGUGCCGGAGUCGAACCAGAAGAUGAAAGACUCCUACCUUAUUCUGGACGAAUACAUGCGCUUCCUGAACUGUACAAAGGGGCGGAAGGAUCCUUCCAAGUCCAUCCUGGAUGUUGGAGUCGAAGAAGCUAUAAAAUUCAGUGGCUUUGAUGAAAACAUGUUUCUGAAGCGGGGAGGAAAGUAUACGUGGAGCAAGGCAGACCUCAAGCUGGACUGGUAAAGGCGGACAGCGGCACAGCCUUGGGCCCACGUGGAGCCCCCGCACAGACUCAGCGCACCGCCGCCCUCGGCUGCCGUGCUGCUGGGUGGCACUUCUCAGGGGUCCCCAAGCUGAUUUUCUGUUGCACUUGACAUCUGAUUCUCUGCGGUAACCGAACACAUCACUUGGAUAAUCAAAUUUCAUAGAUGAUGCAGAACCCAUUAGCUUUAGUUAAUUAGUUUAUUUUGGGAUUGGUUAAUUAGUUUGUUUGGUAUUGGUUUGAGCCUUGUUUACUGUGACACCUGUAUUUCCAUUUUGAAAUAGUUUUUUUCCAGUUCACUCAUAUGAUACUCAAAUCUUUUCUGCUAAAUACCAAAAUGCCAAUUUUCACAUCUGAAAAAAUUGCAAAAUAUCUACCCCGAUCAUUUCUGCUUGUAGUAACGCUUUCCUUUUCUGCCCUUACACCAUUGCAAUCCUGGACUUUCUCCCCAGAAGUUCAGAAAUAGUCAACAGAUAUUUCAAAGGAUAAGAAAUGAUAAUCUUAUCAGUCUUCAGUAAGUACCCAGGACAGUCCAGGCAUGACUGCUCGGGCAUGGCCCCUGGCCCACGCUGACUAUUCCAUGAAUGUUAGCUAUCUCCCUCCCUCUCUUUUCUCUUUUAAGAUUCUUAGCAAAACAAGAUACACUUUUCGUUCCAUGAUGAAGUCGACAAGGGGGUUAGUGCUUGGGCUGCUGUGUGAACCUAGUAUUCAAGCCACAUGAGUCCGUGAAGCAGAAAGAUGCGAGUUGAUGUGAGGGGAUGGUUGUCCCCAUAUCUCUGCACUGCCAUGAGCUGCCCCUGAAAAGCACAGGACGCAGCCUAUGGGAAAGACUGCGAUGAUGAGUGUAGAGUACACUGGGGUUUUAUAUACGUAAAGCUGUGGCACAGUGUAACUUUCUCAGUUAGCUCCGCCUCACUUGAAAUAUGAUAUAAUCUAGGUCAGCAAGACAAGAUCCAGUGCCUUUCUUUUCUGGCCAUGAGAAAGCUCUGCAGGGAAAUUGUGACUUAGACUGGGUCAAGGAACAGAGUCUCCUUCUAGAAAAAUUACAUGCAGUUUGUUUAUGUAACCUAGAUAGUAUCUCAAUGCCUGCAAAAUAAUAAUUUCCUGUCAUUGUUUCAAAAAAAGAAAAAUCAUGGAAAAUUUUUUGCCCAAGCAGAGAAAACAUGUGAGCCAGCACCCAGCUGUCAUCCCCCUGUGCGUCACUAGGAGGCAUCUAAGUGUUGCCUGAUCGCAUGAAACCACCAAGCCUUGCAGGUUUUGAAAGGUUUGUUCCUUGUGAUUAUUUUUCCUCAGAAGAGAUAGUCCUACUUCAAAUUUUAAGUCACUACAAUUCAACUGAAAUGUGUUUCUGUCCCAUUGAGUUGUUAUGCAUUUUUAAAGUUAUAGUUUUACUUUUUAAGAGAAAAAUGAAUUAGAACGUUUUUUUCCCUAUGGAUUUUGAUAGUGUCUAAUCUAUGAUGAUGUUAAUAUAAUCAGGAUAAACACAAAACAAGUUUUUUUUUACUUAACAUGAGUGUAUUUUGCUGAUUUUCACAUUAUUCAAUAAUAGUAAGUUCAGGGGCGGCUGGAGAGUUCAGUUGGUUAGAGCGCAGGCUCAUAACACAAAGGUUGCCAGUUCGAUCCCCACAUGGGCCACUGAGAUGCGCC